GUGAAGUGAGGAMAGAGAGAGACAAGGAAAAAUUUUGAUGUUUUUGGCUCCUUGAAAAUAUUUGAAAUAUCUUAGAAUUCCCAUGGUUUCAAGACGCUCUUACUGAUACUGGCUUACUUUGAACUUGGCUMCAGAAAGGACCACGURUUUUGGAAAUGUGAUCAACGAAAAUGAAGCAAGGAAGUCAAAAGAUUUUUAAAACUCACCUCGUUCAAGAUUUGAUCAACGCUCCAUUUUACUAAUGAACAAUUUUUUGAUGACAAUAUUGGAACUUUUUACUGCUGUUAGUUGUGUAAAAAUGAAAUAGUAUCAUGUUUUCAAUAUUUAGUGUAGCGAUCUCCAGGACCAACUGAUCGCGUUUGGUGUUUCUAUAAACAAUCGAAGAAGAAUAUGGGAAGUUCGUCGUCGAAGUUUCGCAAAGCGCUCCAAAAAGGCGAAGAAGUUGAAGCAAUGGAGCUUUAUCUUAAAAACCCAGAGAUUAAACGAAAUCUUGAUCCAAACUACAAUUAUGGUGAAAACUAUAACAACAACACUCUGCUCCAUUAUGCAUGUCUGUAUGCUAUGAAGCCUUUCAUUCGCGACUUCACGUCGGAGGGAGCUAAUGACAGCCUUAAAAAUGCCUUUAAUCAAACGCCGAUUCAUUUUAUCUGUAUGUUYGAUCGAGGAUUAGAUCCUGUUAAGGAUAAACAAAGGGCUGAGUGUUUGUCUUUGAUGUUGUAUCGAUGUCGAAACGGCGACGAAAACACAGCAGAUUUGGGGGCUAAAGACCACAAAGGAAACACAGCACUUCACUAUGCUUCAAGAUCUGGAUUAUUUCACUGUGUACAGCUGCUUGUGGCAAAUGAUAUUCCGCUUUAUGAAGAGAACAAAGAUGGCCAGACAGCUUGUGAUUGUGCUAUUCAGGGAAACUUUUCAGACAUUGCAUCAUUCUUAGAAUCCAAGAUGGUAUUUUCUCAGAUGCUUUAUUGAGAGACCACGAGUGGUCCAGAGAGAAACUAGUUGUAUCUUGGAUUGCUGACCCUAAGCUUGCAUGUGAAAAAGCAGGAGUGAGAUAUCRUGAAGAAGGUGACACUGAAAAUACAAAUAAAGACCCUGGCACUGAAUCAACUGAUAGAUCUCAACAAACAUGCAUCAUUUGUACCGAAUCUAUUGAAUCUGAUAAUAAUCAAAUUGUCUCUUUAUCCUGUGGUCAUGAAGUAUGCUCAACCUGCUGGGAAAGCUACUUGAAUAUAAAAAUKAAAGAAGGAGAUGUCCACAACAUCCAGUGUCCUGCAUAUAGCUGCAAAACACUAGUUCCACUGGAAACUAUAGAGGGAAUAGUGUCAAAAGACAUGGCAAGACGRUAUUUACAGAAUGAUAUUAAGGCAUUUGUAGAAUCCAAUCCCAAUAUAAAAUGGUGUCCAGCUAAAGGUUGUGGUCGAGCUGUGCGUCUUCCUCUCAUCGCAUCAUCUUCUAARGCUGUAAYCUCUUUGACACAAAGACGUUUGGCAGACACUCCUUGUCAGGUGGUUGACUGUGGAAGCGGACACUACUUUUGCUGGCACUGCAUGCAAGAACCUCAUAAACCGUGUACGUGUGAACUAUGGGAGAGAUGGUCGGUGAAAAUUGCAGAAAUGUUGCCACAAAUUCCUGCUUUAAAUGAUAAGGAAGAUUUAGACGAAUGUCCAGAAACAGAAAAAGUUGCAAAUACACUUUGGCUMGUGACCAACUCUAAACAUUGUCCAAAUUGCAAAUCUCCUAUUCAAAAAACCGAAGGGUGUAACCAUAUGAAGUGUACAAAGUGUAAAUAUGAAUUUUGUUGGGUUUGUUUAGAACUCUGGAAGAAACAUAGUUCGGCUACWGGAGGGUAUUUUAGGUGUAAUAGAUAUGAGAUAAUACGCAAGCUUAAUAUAGACUGUGUGGAUAAAAUACGGCAGGCGACCGAAGAAAAUAUGCAAAUUCAAAAACUAAACUACUUCUUGCAUUAUUACUCGCGCUUUAAAAAUCACGAAAACAGCUUCAAGCUUGAGGAGCCUCUUCUUGGUGCUGCGAAGGAAAAGAUGACAGCGCUUGCAGUUUCGGCCGUGGAAAACGACGCUUCGCUUGAUGGUGUAGAUACGAAAUUCGUCGAAGAAGCCGUGCGUGAACUUUUGGAAGCCCGACGAGUUUUAAAAUCUUCAUAUGUUUACGGAUUCUUCUUGGAUGGAAACAAGGAAAAAAAGACAAUAUUUGAACUAAUGCAGACUGAAGUUGAAGAAGCUACUGAGAGCUUGUCUCAAAUGGUUGCCCGCCCUUAUCUUCACACUCCAAGAUCUAAGAUUAUUCAAGCAACGAUAUUUCUACGGAAUAAAAAACAAACAUUUUUGCUGGCUUUAUCACGUGGUCUUAUACCUGAUGAAGAGCUUCCGAAACCCUUUAUGUCAAAAUUAGAACUUCUUACCAAUCSGCAAGUGUCGUCUGACGAUGAGUCUGAUGAAGGCGAAGAUAACUAUAGUGAAAUACGUCGAGUCAUCGAGAGCUCAAUACGACAGCAGCUGACCGGUAUCGACACGGGCUCGCCUGAGAAUCGUCCCAACUCUAGGAUGAGUAAUUACCUUGAAAUGAUGUGUUCUAGAAGUGGAUGUCCUAAUCCUCGUAUCAACAGUGAUUAUGUUGGUCCUGGUCAYCUCUCCUAUUARUGUUGUUAUGARUGCUUACGUAUCGAUAUGAGAAAUAAAAGACGAAGGCGAAAGAAACGAGAACUCAAAGAGGAAAAAAUGAAGCAAGCUGAAAAAAUGGCAUUAACCCAAAAAGAAUUGGAAAACCAUGAAGAAAUGGACUUGGAUCUUAUGCGUGCAAUACAACUGUCCCUUGACUGUAGUUUAACUCGCCGUCGAGACCAACCGCCGUCGAACCCCUCGUCAUCUUCCAGCAGUUCUGGAUCUAUUGAUGAUGAGCAUGCCACAGGAAGCUCACACGACGUGGUUGGUGAUGAAACGUCCUUACAGAAGGCUUUGGAAUUAUCUUAUGGGUAUUUUGCGAAAGCGAAACCGCCGACUCAAGACGACGAACUAACAAGAGCCAURCAGAUGAGCCUGGAAGCGAACUCACUGACGUCAUCACAUGCUGAAAAUCAUGAUGAAUACAGCUCAGUGUAACCCGGCCUCGACCUUGUUUGAUAGGAGUCUGAUGCGAGCUGUCUCYACAGAUAAUGAGAGCAACGACCUUAGUUUGACAUCACAUUUCUAAGACGCGAGUAAAACAAUAAUCAUUAAACAAAAUCUUAGUACGCGAAUAUAUUUUAAUAGUUUUAUGGAUUGGAUGCGUUUUAAAAAUCUUUUUAUAAAUAAAAUUUUAUGUUUUACGUACACUAAUUAUAAUGUUUUGGUAUGUUUGGUAUUAUGAUUUUGUGUAAGUAUUCCGUCAUUUUUCUGAUUUUGAAAUUUUGGUGGAAAUCCGGAAUGGAUUUCCCAAUAUCAGGCUUGUUGCAGAAUGUCAUUUACUUGUUUUCUCAUUUACCAUUUAUAUAGCACGAUUUCCAUAAAAACCCUUGCACUUUGUCGUGUUCACAUCAGAGCAAUGCAUGCUAUUGUAUUUUAAUGUAGAAAGUAUAAAAUACAUCGACUGAUGCCUAACUUAUAGGCUAUGUUAAAUAUAAUGCCACGGUAGUAUUAUAUUGUUAUUAGYAUUAUUAAAGUAUAUUAAAGUAUUAAAACUCCUCUCCUACUUGUGAUUGUAGGAUUGUUC